GCGUGGCGACCGACGCUUUAGGUAUAUGAAACUUGCUCACUUUAGGAAGGCAUUCGAUGAUCUUCAGGAAGGCCAGUUUGUGUGGGUUGCUUAUUCUGUGGAUCGAGUGGAUCCGGACAUAAUUCCUGCAGACAUCUACAUGCACUCAGUUGUGUGGAGUGCUACGGUUCCGUUGGUAUCUUUUGAAUGGAUUGAGUGGCAUGCAACCGAUCGGUGUAGGCGACAGUUUGGUUUUGUGCAAGGAGUUCCUCAUCAAGAACGAAAUCUAGACAAGGCACACGAAGAAGUCCUGACUGGCCCUAAGAAUCUUAACUGGGCCACAGCCACGAGUCAUUCAUUUUGGGUGAUGCAGUGGACAAACAGGUAUAAUCACGUUCUGAAUGAGGUUGAUGGUCCACAGCAUCCGUUAGAUAUUUACAUGCACUGAUACUGAACAAAAUAUGGCAACCAUUUGAACUUGUCCGAUCUUGUGGUUCAAGAGAAUGACGAGGGUGACCAGGGUAUGGAUGAUGUGGAUCAAGAGAAUGAAGAGGCUGAGAAGCAGGA